GGGGCGGCGCGGGUUUGAGGGGAGGGGGCGGGGCGGGUCCUUCCUCGGUGGGGGGGGGAGGGGGCCCAUGUGACCGGCUCAGACCGGUUCUGGAGACAAAAGGGGCCGCAUCGGCCGGAGCGGGACGGCCCAGCGCGGGAGGGAGCGACACGGCACGCGCGGCUGAGCGAGAUGCAGCACCGAGGCUUCCUCCUCCUGGUCCUCCUCGCCCUCCUGGCGCUCACCUCCGCGGUGGCCAAGAAGAAAGACAAGGUGAAGAAGGGGGCCCCGGGCAGCGAGUGCGCGGAGUGGACCUGGGGGCCGUGCACCCCCAGCAGCAAGGACUGCGGCGUGGGCUUCCGCGAGGGCACCUGCGGGGCGCAGACCCAGCGCGUGCGCUGCCGAGUGCCCUGCAACUGGAAGAAGGAGUUCGGAGCCGACUGCAAGUACAAGUUUGAGAGCUGGGGGGCGUGUGAUGGGGGCACCGGCACCAAAGCCCGCCAAGGCACCCUGAAGAAGGCGCGCUACAACGCCCAGUGCCAGGAGACCAUCCGCGUGACCAAGCCCUGCACCCCCAAGACCAAAGCCAAGGCCAAAGCCAAGAAAGGGAAAGGAAAGGAUUGAGGCUCGACUGGAAGGCGACGGAGCCCCUAGGCCUCACCUGGGGCCUGGUCACCGCCCGCCCCUGCGCAGCCCUGAGAGCCAACCUGCCAGUGCCUUUUGUCUGCUUGUUAGCUUUAUCAAUCAUGCCCCGCCUCUGCCCUCUCCCUCUCCACCCCCACCCCCAGUGCCCUCCCUGGGGAGGGGCUGGGGAUUCUGGGAAUUCGAGCCUCCCCCAAAGGGAUUUGAUUCCCAGCCCUCCCCCCCCCCAACACACACACCUCCCUUGUACUUCCCCACCAUGAUGCCUCUUACUGAAAAAUAAAUAAAAAUGAACCGACUUGUUUUCCAA